AUGGAUGGUCUCAUCAAGGGCUUGGUAGAUGUUGCUCUCGGUGGCGCCGAUCACAACGAUCGCCAAGAAGAACGCGGUGAACGCUCCUGGGCCGACCUUGUCUCCGGCGAUCAGGAUCAGGAAGAGCGCUGGGAAGAGGAUAGUCACACUUACAGAGCUUCGAACAGACCUCAUCAGGAACAGUACCAUCUUCAGCAUGAGGAGUACCAAUCUCAAAAUUUUAACACUUCCCACAAGGUGGAUGAAGAUCAAGAUGGAUGGCAGACUGUUGUCAAACCCUCUAGGCGGACACACAAGGUUCCCAAGGAAAAUUGGCACAGCUAUAAGCGACCUUCUAAUGAGCAAGAAUACUCAGACGAGACUGAAGUUGGGGCUGAUUUGGAGCCCUCAGAAGAUGAACUUGCUGAUCUCGCCAGAGCUUGUGACAAACUCUGGGAUCUUGAUUUAAAUCGGCUGAUACCUGGCAAAGACUAUGAAAUUGACUGUGGUGAAGGGAAAAAGCCUUCCCAAAAUGAAGAUAUGGCAGAGGGGAACUUGUUUACAUGGGUUAGUCAUGAUGUAUUCAGAAAGCCUACAUUUGCUCGUUUUCUCUCACUUUUAGAUAAUUACAAUCCACAUCAAGGAUGUAAGGAAGUAGUCACAUCUGAAGAGAGAGAAGAGCAAGCUUCUUUCAUAGAAGAAAUCAGUAGAACAGCACCAAUUAAAUAUCUUCACAAGUAUCUUGCAUCCAAGGGAAUUGUAUCAGAGAGUUACCAAGAUUUCAAAAGAAGGAUGACAAGUCUGUGGUUUGACCUUUAUGGCCGUGGUGGCACUUCUGGUUCUUCUUCUGCUUUUGAACAUGUUUUUGUUGGAGAAAUCAAACAAUGUGGCGAAGUUUCUGGCUUUCAUAACUGGCUCCAGUUUUACCUUGAAGAAGAAAAGGGGAAAGUUGAUUAUCAGGGCUAUAUUUUUCCCCGUCGACGGGGACAAAUUCCUGACUCUGAAACCCAGCUUCUGACUAUUCAGUUUGAAUGGAAUGGUGUUCUGAAAUCUUUAUCAAGCACUUUGGUUGGAGUGAGCCCUGAAUUUGAAAUUGCUUUGUAUACCCUGUGUUUCUAUGUUGGUGGGGAGGAUAACCACAUUCAACUCGGUCCAUAUGCAGUUAAUAUUAAGUGUUAUCGUUUUGGCGAUAAGAUUGGAUCUGUUUUCCCCAUUGCAGAUUCUUGA